UUAUUCAUGCUUGCUUCACAACGAUGUGAAAGAAGGAAGGGAAAAUUAGUCGCGAAAAGAAUCCAGGGCAGAAGACACAAACCAACAAAAUCGGAACUGAAACUAUAGCUAGAUAUUUAUUUACAUUAGUGUGAAUAUUAAGAAAAUACUAUUCUGAUAACUAAAUAUAAGAGAGAGAUACGCAUCACACAAGCUAAAGCCGCCAACUUGAUACAUGAACAUUUUAGCUAGCCAGCCCGGUGUUGUGCAUUAGUACAGGCAUUAUUAGCUAGUAGCUGGCUAACAUUACCAAUUUUGACUGUUCUUCAAAUCCAGCCAGUAGAGGCUGUUCUGAGACAAUACAGCAGGUUGAAAACAGCGGGUUGGUGUGUUGGAAGUUGAAGACACCACAGAAUGACGUCCAGGAAGAAAGUGCUCCUGAAAGUGAUCAUCCUUGGGGAUUCCGGAGUUGGGAAGACCUCCCUGAUGAAUCAGUAUGUGAACAGGAAGUUUAGUAACCAGUACAAAGCCACCAUCGGCGCUGACUUCCUGACCAAGGAGGUGAUGGUGGAUGAUCGGCUCGUCACAAUGCAGAUCUGGGACACAGCGGGCCAGGAGAGGUUCCAGUCUCUGGGCGUGGCCUUCUAUCGUGGGGCUGACUGCUGUGUGCUGGUGUUUGACGUGACCGCCCCAAACACCUUCAAGACCCUAGACAGCUGGAGGGACGAGUUCCUCAUCCAGGCCAGCCCCCGAGACCCCGAGAACUUCCCCUUUGUGGUGCUAGGCAACAAGAUUGACCUUGAGAACAGACAGGUGACAACCAAGCGUGCUCAGGCAUGGUGCCAGAGUAAGAACAACAUCCCCUACUUUGAGACCAGUGCAAAGGAGGCCAUCAACGUAGAGCAGGCUUUCCAGACUAUUGCACGCAAUGCCCUCAAGCAGGAGACCGAGGUGGAGCUGUAUAAUGAAUUCCCGGAACCCAUCAAGCUGGACAGGAACGACAGAGCCAAACCUUCAGCAGAGGCCUGCAGCUGCUGAGGAGCAACAUGGACUAUCUUCUGUCUGGCUUUCUGGAACAACCCCUUUCUCUCUAGAAACCUGCUUCCCCCUAGGGAAAGGACUGCCCCUCUGGUCUCUGCACCCAUGUCACAUCCCUUCCCCACCAGAGUUUCCAGUUCCAUAUGUGUACUGAACAUAAGGGGUGUAUAGAUUUGCACAGGCACCUCUGACACACAUCCCACACACAUCUUAAUGAAGCCAAUGCCCAAAGAUCAUGUGAGAGAAGAAUUGAUACACCCCAGUAGGCCCCAUUUUCCCUGGAGUGAAUCCACAACCUGGCCCACCCUUUCUGUCUGUCAUGUCCCCUUUGCCUCUCACAUUGGGGGGACCAGAUGGAGCGCCAUGUCCUAAAUGUGCAGUGGGGAACUGUAGAAGUGAUGGCUGAUGCUUCUUGACAAGAUAAUGUGAUGUUAUCAUUUUGUCAUUAUCCUGAGACAUCUUAUCCUCUGUACUUCCUGUUCUUCAGAAGUGUUUUGUUUUGACUUGAAGUUCUAUAUUGCCUACAUAACUGUUGUCAAAUAAUCAGCUGUGCUAGAAGUUUUUGUUGUUGUUCAUAUUGGCAGUAGAUGUAAUGUCUUAUGCCAAUAUGAAACUUAUAAUUGUUGUUUUUGCACUUUGUUUUACAUAUGUUUUUUGGCCUUUAAUUGUAAUAAAUUCUGAUUUGGGCAACGUCAGCUAGACCGACAAGCCACAAACAACUAAA